UGUGGUUAUGCUGCUCGGUAUCACUCACGCUAGAACCGAGGGGAACUUGGACAGCUUUCAUUCGGUCAAGUACUUUUCAUUUUUCAUUCGGCUUUGGUGUCUUGUUUGUUGGUGACAAGCUUAGGCUACGGGAGGUAAACGUGUUACGCUGCAUACACCGCACAGAAAGCGAAUUUGACGUUUGUUGUCGCAAUGGCACCACAUCUUGGUCAUGAAGAGUUCUUCUCUUCUCUCUCCGACCUUCUAUCCAAGACCUCUCAAAAGACCCGCGGCUCUGUCUUCCUCACUCAGAAGCCUCUCAUCGACACUACUGCUUCAUCAGAGACUGAUCUCUCGUCACGUCCUUCUAUCCUUAUCCGAGCGACGGAUGGUAAUACCAACGCCCCUAAUCCGAAGAACAACAAGGUCGAGAAGAAGACUAUCACGAAAGUCAAGUUGUCGACGAUCGUGGCGCCGGAGGAUCUCGAGACCUUCUAUACUCGCUAUGCGGAGGUGUGCAAGGCAGGGAUGAUGGGGCUGAAGAAGAGAGAUCGCAAGAAGGGCAAGGCUAAGGGGAAAGGAGCUUCGAAGGCGGCUAAAGCCUAGACUUGUUGGGUUUGGGUAUGAGUGGGCACCGAUGCGGCAUGAUUUGAUGAUCUACGGGAAGGAGUGUGUGAUGCCGUUGCGGCUGGGGAUUAUGGUUCAUCAAUCGACUGCUCCCUGAAAAUGGCUCUGUUUGAUUCUUUGCAUUGAUGGCGUUCUCUGGUUUCAACCUGUUUUUAACAUUUAUUCCCCCUCCCCCCCUCUCUUUUCCUUGUUCCUUUCGUGUUGAUAUGUUAGAUAUACAUAUACCUGGACAGGUUGGUGAGUUGAAGAUAUGGACUAGAUCGAGGAAUGAAC